GGACGAUGCGAUUACUACUACUGAUAUUUCUGCCUUUUGUCCUGGCUGGCUGCAGAAUGGCGCAGGCCAAGCUGCCACCACCUGAGAAGUCCUACAAGUUCUUGAUUCCCAUCCCUGCAGUCAUGAGGAACCACUGGAAUAUGUUCAAGCCUUUCCUCUUAGCUCUGGCUGACCGUGGACAUAAGGUGGUGACGGUACAGAUCAUAGAUGCAGCCUUCACUCACCCCAACAUCACAGAAGUGGUGGUACCAGUAACACUCGCCUACACAUCCAGCAGGUUCGGCAUGGCUAAAAACCCGGCAGAAUCUUUAUCGUCAAUGGAGACGUUUCGGGUGUCGCUGGUGUCCAAGUUCUACUCUUCACCAAGUGUUAUGCAAGUCUACAACAGAAGACACGAAUUUGAUGUGGUUAUCACGAGUCAUAUGUUCAAUGAGAUAGCUUACCCUUUUGCUGUGGGAAUGCCGUUAAUCACCUUGGCUGUUGGGGGCGUGGAGCCUCGUCACAGCGCCAUCAUGGGCAACGUUCUCAACCCUUCGUACGUCUCCAAUGAAUACUUCGACUACCCAAGACCCUACUCUCUCUCUGACCGCCUCCACAACCUCUACAUUCUUCUGAGUGUAGCGGGUUACUGGCGUGUCUGGGGCAUGAUGCCCAAGAUACAGAAAGAGGUGUCAGUGUACUUCCCGGAGCUGCCGCCGCUGCUGGAGAUAGAGAGAAAUAUCAGUCUGUCACUAAUCAACUCUCACCUGGGCAACAGCAUACCAGUACCACUGCUUCCCUCUCAGGUGGAGGUGGGACCCAUGCACUGUGUCCCUGGCCAGCAUCUCCCUGAGGAUUUGUCGUCGUGGCUUGACGGUGGUGGUGUUGGAGGUGUUAUAUACUUCAGUCUGGGUUCGGUCGCCAAGGGUGUGACGAUGCCUGACAAGUACCUAAGAAUUAUUAUUGAGACCUUCAGCAGACUGAAGUACCGUGUUAUAUGGAAGUACGAAUCCAAGCUAGAAGGAAUCUCCAACAACGUAUUUAUUAAGGACUGGAUGCCACAACAGGAUAUUCUGGCGGACCCAAGAGUUGAGUUGUUCAUCACCCACGGUGGUCUACUGAGCACACAGGAAUCUAUAUGUCAUGGAAAGCCCUUGAUCGCUCUCCCAGUCUUCGCAGACCAGCCCAAGAACGCCAAGAUGAUUGUCAAUCGUGGGUUGGGUCUCGCCUUGGAGUGGGAGGAACUCACAGUGGAACUUCUAGUGGACACCAUCACAGAAGUCCUCACUAAUCCCAAGUACAAGCGUAACAUGGAGGCGGCGUCGAGGGUGGACCGGGACCGUCCUCAAGAGCCUCUGGAGACGGCAGUUUUCUGGACCGAGUAUGUGGCUCGUCAUCGUGGAGCUCCGCGUCUCAGGUCCCCGGCAGCUGACCUCUCCUGGAUGGAGUUCCUCAUGCUGGAUGUCGUGGCUGUCGUUCACAUGGCAGUGUUGGUCGUCUUUCUAGUUCUGCGCAGGCUACUGUCGUCUUUCUACAGCCAGCUGUUCACCUGGCAUUGCAAGAAGACAAAAACAAAUUAAAAGAGUACUUCGUGCAGCGUCUGUGCUGCUUGUGUUACACAGUCUAACAGUAAAAUGAAUUAUUGAAAUACUUAUUAUUUUCAUAGGGAAGUGCUCAACCUGUAAGGAUUAUACAGUGCCUGGGGACCAACAGCAAAUCGGGCUUUGAUCAAAGGAUCAAGGGCCCUUGAAAGGAAACAUUUGUUAAGUAUAUCUAUAAAUAUGUUCAAUCUUUUAUGUUCUAAUGAUCAUGAGCAAGGAGGUGAUUAUAUAAGUUUAAAAUGAAAAAUUAUCUAUAAACCAGAGUGUGGAAAAUACUGUACAUAUUUUCCAGAAAUACAGUAGUUAUAUGUAAAUAGAUAGCCAUACUGUAUUUAAUAAAAUUAUGUUAUAAAAAUGGGAAGAAGCCUGUGCAGAAGAUACUCGCCAUUUUUUGUUUGAAUUGAGUAACAGACAUUAGUGAAUGGGAAGAAUUUUUCGUGCUUUAGAGGUUAAAAUUGGGCUGACACCUCUUAAAUAGGAGGCAAAAUUGUUGGAAGUGUAUUCCUGCAUAACUUGAGAUAUCAGGCGACUGGACAAGACAGCUCCAGGAACCUCAGAUAAGUCUGUGAUGUUUUAACUCUGGCCAGUGUUAUUUUCAUGUAUAGACAGUGAGGUUUUCUGAGUAUGAUACACCUUAAUCUCCAGUCAAAUUGGUGAGUGAGUUUAAGAUAUUCUCCUUCUGUUAUGUAUAUGUGUAUAUAUAUAUAUAUAUAUAUAUAUAUAUAUAUAUAUAUAUAUAUAUCCCUUUUUAAUUUUAAUAUACAGUCCACAAAUUUAUAUAUUUACCAGCAUUCCUGGUGAUACAUAUUUCAUUUGUAAUUAAUAGGUCCAGAGCAACUUGUGGAUAUGACAGUGGUAGGUAUCGAAAAGGAACAUUUUUUUGCGACCUAGGUGUCCCAAAUUCCUACUUGUAUAACUGAUAAUAAUUAUCUUUGUUCAUUUACUGUUAUGUACAUAAUGAUACAUUCAGAUAAAUGUAAUUUUCCACAUUUAAUUUGCCCGAUGGUCCUUCUUGAACCGGAGGUAAUUAGUGAAGUCAUUAAUUAGUUAAUUACUUAAUAAUUAUAUGUGAAAUGACAGAAGGAGGUGGAUGUUAAGUUCACAAAUUUACUUAAUGUGUAGUGGAUUAUAAUUAUUACAAUAUUAAUUUGAUAGACAAUUCUGGCCAAGAUGUAUAUCAGUGUAUGUAUAACUGAUAAGCCAAGUGUAGCUAAUUAUAUUGUGUAUAAUAUUAAUUUUGUUAUGCCAAAUUCUGGCAAGGAUUUAUGUUAAUUUGUAUAAUAUUAAUUUUGAUAAGCAGAGUCUGGCUAAAGGUUUGUAUUAAUGUACAUUUGAAGUUUAUAUUAUUUUCUUACAUGUAAUUGCUAAGCUCAAGUAGCUAGGAUUUAUUCAAAGGUAAGUUGUAUCAGUGUUGUAAGUUGUAAUCAGUGUUAUUAAUUAAGUUGAAUUUAAUACAUUGCAUCAUGGCUGAAAAUGAGGUAAUUAAUGUAGAAGACAAACAUAUGGAAUAUAGAGCAAAAAAAGCAUCACUGCAAGCUAGAAAAAGGCAUGUAACAAAAGCAUAAAAUAAAUGUUUGGAAUUAAUGAAUCAAGAAACUGUGAAUACUGAUUUAAAAUUAUAUUUAGAUGCUUUAGGGAAUAGAUAUGAUUCAUACAAAUUAUAACAAAUAUGAAGGAGAUUUGUUAGUUAACUGUGUAGAUGAGACUGAAGUAGAUCUUAUGAUUAAUCAGUAUUAUGAAUUAGAGGAAAAGAUUCUUUCUUGUAAAAGUCAGGCCUUGAAUAAAUUAAAAUGUGUAAACCAGGCAGUUAAUCAGUCUGCUCCAACAAAUAAUAUGUCCUUGCCAAAACUCCCAAAAUUAUGUUUACCUGUAUUUAAUCCUGGAGAAAAUUGGGAGGAAUAUGUUUACCUGUAUUUAAUCCUGGAGAAAAUUGGGAGGAAUUUUGGUCACUUUUUAAAGCAGCUGUGCAUGACAGGAGUGACCUAGCCUGUGUAACUAAAUUAUUUUACCUCAAAGGACAGGUAAGAGGAGAUGCUCACAUACUCAUACAAGCCUUUCCCAAUGUAGAUGACUCUUACAAGGAAGCAGUUGACUUGCUGAAAGUCACUUAUGGUAAUAUAGAACAAAGUAGGUUGGAUCUAGUGAAUAUCAUUGUUAAUUUAAAAUCUCCAGAUCACACUUACAAAGGUUUACAGCAGUUUAGAGUUAAACUGGAGAGCACUCUCAAAACUUUAAGUAAUAAUAUUUAUUAUUAUAAUCAAAAAGAAGCGCUAAGCCACAAGGACUAUACAGCUAAGUAAUAAUAUAAUCUGAAGGAUUCAGACUGGUUAUUGAGUGCCAUGGUACAGAAUAAAUUAAGCUGUAAAACACUUGAAUGACUCUCGAACAAAUAUCACAAGGGUUAUUUUGAUCUGGAGGAAAUAAGACUAGGUCUACAAGAAUUAAUUGUUCAGUUGCAGACCAGCCAACCAACUCAUUUUAAAGAUGCAACACAUAAUAACUCUGAGGUAUCUGUCAAGUUUCACAAAGAGAAAAAUUAUUCCAAUGGUAAUAAUCAAAAUUCAUUUCCUAAAAAAAGUUGCAUAUCAAGUAGAAAGAAUCAGAAAUAAUGAUUCUCCACAAGGUAAAAAGAAUAAGUACCCUCCUAAGAGUAGCCCAGUUAAUAAGAAACCAGUCAGAGAAAAGAGAGAUUGUCUUUUCUGCAAGGGUACUCAUUUUUCUAAGAAUUGCAAUGCAUACAAUUCAUGGAAUGAUAAAGUUGAAAGAUUGGAGGAACCUGACAGAUGUAUCAGGUGUUUAGGUAAUCACAAUGUAAAGGGUUGUCAUGCCAAAUUAAACAACUGUUAUCAAUGUCAUAAAGGAAGACACCAUAUAGUCAUGUGUAAAGGUCUAUAUGAUAAUGUUGAUAAUAUUGAUAAUGUUGACAAUCCUGACACAACAGUAGCUAAUGUAAAAAUUGCUGCUAAUGUUAACAAUGAUGGUUUUGCUGAAGUAGCCUUACUUGCGUUACAGGUAAAAAUUGAUGAUAAAAGGCAUAAAUCAAAAAAUGUAAAUGCAUUGUUAGACCAGGGAUCCCAGCUUACUUUCAUAAAACGUAAAUGUCUUGAUGGUAUGAAAGUACAGAUGGGAGAUCCCACAACUUUAAAAUUAUCUGGUUUUUCUCUCGGAUAAAAGGGCUCAAUUGUAUGACACUGUUUAUGUAACUGUCAGGUUGGGCAAUGAGAAAAAGCGUGUUAAUGCAGUAACUGUAGAUACUCUUCCAGAGAAAAUAUCUACAGUAGGGCUUAGUAAAGCUACAGAAAGACUUUCACAUAAUGUAAAUUUAGCACCUUCUGGUGUAAGUGAUGAUUCUGUACGCCCAAUAAAUAUUUUGAUAGGCA